AUUUCUCUUUGUAAACCCGCUAUGGGGUACAGUUUUGCAGCUGGCACUACUGAUGGUCCAGGCAUGUUUGAUUUUAAACAAGGUAACUGUCUGUUAAUUUUGUCUAUUAGUUUCCCAUAUCUAUGGCAAACACAGAUUAUUGAAGUGCAAAUCUUGAGACUUGGUCAGUUGGCCAUCAUUGCUGUUCCAGCAGAGUUCACGUAUACACUAAAAGCUGGUGGUUUUCCUGCUGACACCUUAUCUGUUAUUGCUGGUUUGUCCAAUGAUUAUGGCGAUUAUGUUGCAACAUAUGAAGAAUACCAGAUUCAGAGGUAUGAAGGGGCAUCUACUAUUUUUGGUCGUCGGACCCUUGAUGGAUACAUCCAGAAUUUCAAGAUUCUCGCAGAAAAUAUGGCUACGGGAGUUCCUUCAGAACCAGGUCCCAACCCACCUAACUUGCUGAGCAAACAGCUUUCAUUUCUUCCACCUGUCAUAUUUGACAGGCCUCCACUGGGCAAGCAUUUUGGAGAUGUCCUUGUGGAUUGUCAGAAGACAUAUGAAAAUACGUCUUUUGAGAGGUCUUACUUUGGAAGUCAUUCUAAUUCUUCAGUGAAUGUCACAUUUGUCAGUGCUAACCCUCGGAAUAGCAUAGGGCAAACUAGUAAAACAUUUCUAACUGUGGAGAUGUUGAAAAAUGAAGGUAGAUGGGAAGUAAUGGCUACAGAUGCUAACUGGGAAACAAAGUUUGAGUGGCGAAUAACCAGUAUGCUACUGGGUGAGAGUUCAGCAACCAUCACGUGGGACAUCCCAUCCUACAUGGCUCCAGGGACCUAUGUUAUCAAACACUUUGGCUACAGCAAGAGUUUGUUUGGCAAGAGUUUGUCUGGAACGAUUACGCCAUUCUCAGGGAGAUCCAGUACCUUUAAUGUGCUGGCAAGCCGAGCUUAAACCUGAAGCAGUUCCACAGGUUAAGGGAUAUUGAAUUGUUAUUAAAUUGUGUUAUUAAAUUAAUGGUGGCCUUUU